UUCCAAAUACCACAAAUAUCUUAACAAGCUGAUAAGAGCCUCUCUAUGUAGCUCUUCGUUCGGUUUUGCAAUGAAAAGGGCAGAACCCAACUCCAGAUAGAAUCGAUCGAGUUCAAGCUUUAUGAAUGUCGAGCAGGAUUUUCUGUUUAUAUGUUUCGUUUACUGCUGAUCUGUUAACAGUUGUUUGUUUUAAGGUAGUGUCUGCCUUCUCUCGUAGCCCAAGAUUUUGUAUAAGAACCACAAAAUUUAUCUGAACCGCUAAUUUCGGCCGUUUCCAUCAACGACAUCAAAUACGUUUCUCAAGAAGGCAUUGUACGCCCUUGGUUUAAGAUAAAUUGUGAUAGAGCUGUCUUGGUGUGGCACUGAGUGUAUACAUUUUAUCAAGUUUCUUUAGAAGACCCUUUUUGUAGUGCUCUGAGAGGUCAGUCAACUACAUCUCGCUCCAGGCGAUUUCAUUGUUUAUCUAAAUUACAGAUGACGUUUGUCUCUUCUUUCCGUAGUUAGAUGCGCUCCAUAGUUUGCCGCUAAUUUGCCUGAGAAAUCGUAGCUUUAUAUGCUCACAACAGGAAAAGCAAUUGUCGCCGAAAUAUUCAACUUAACUCUGACGUAUGAUACAACAACAGAAACCAAUGCUUUUCAACGAGACAUUAAGGUGUUUUUUCGAAUUCCGACACAGAGGGUACAAGAUGAACUAAAUUUGUUAUAUAAACGUCGAGUCUUGAUCAAGCUGCGUGGGUCAAGGCUACUCCAAGGGAGCAGUGCAAUUCAUUAAGAUUUCGCUUUACUUCAAACAUUGGAAACGACGGAUCGAAUCCCUAAUAAAACGGAGAAGAUCUGGACAACACCUUUACCGCCUUAACAAGGUUAGUUUUAAACUAAAUUUGAGUUGGGAAGACCUCACUUCUCCUCGGUGUCGAUCAAAUAUUAUCACGUUCUCUACUGAGCGUUGCUGCCUCGAGUGUGUUGAUUUUGUAUCACCACAAAAACACACAAAAUAGUAAUACAGGUAAAACGGGAAUUUAUCAUCUAAAUUAAGCUUGUUAACUCUCAUUCUUAACUUUUUGUUGGUUAUUCCCAAGAAGACAUCACCUGUAAAGAUAUUUGUUACAGAAUCUUUGUCAUUAUGAGGAAAUUAUAUUAAUUUCUCGGCUGUUAUUUAGAGCUAAAAACAAAACCACAUCUUCAUUGGGGUCAAACGAGCUCCAUUUUUCAAAUAGCGAAAUUUAAAAUUCAGUUAAGUCUCUAGAACUAUUAUUCUAUGAGAUGAACUACUUUUACGUUGUACUUUUCUGUGCACGAAAUUCUUCAGCUGCAUGAAAAUGCCAUCUAAUGCAAUUCCUGGCAAAGGCCGAUUAUUCAAAGCCACAGAAUUGUUGCGCUUAAGUUAAGCAGUAUUCUGAUGGUAUGUGCUGUUUAAAUGUUUAUAUUGGUUGUUCUGAUGAAGUUAUAAGAGUACAAGUGCCUCGGGGUGAUAUUCGAAUCCUACAUUCAGUGUCAUUCCGCAAAGCUCGGUUUGUUAUUCUACUCACUUGUGCGUAAUUCACCGAGAACCACUACAUUAGGGUACGUUGCUACAAGGUUAAUUAUCUUUAACCUUUUGAUUUUUGCUUUGUUUUAAAAUCUUAAGUUUUCAAAUAUUCGUGAUUUGAUUCCUUCCGUUGUCACUCCACUUGCGGUUUUGGGGUGAAGUGCGUCGGCUUGAAAGACACAUGACCGUCAAAACAUAGCGUCCACAAUUCAUCUUCCUUUCUUUCAAGUAUGCCCUUGACUCACUAGCGUGCUGAGAUUGUUAUUAAUUACCAGUCAACAAAAAAACGGAAAAACUACUGAUAUAAUUUUUACAACAAAACAAACACAUCUAAGUAUAUAAUUAUCCCUUUUCUUAGUAUAGCUGUUCAUUUUCAAGGACAUGCACUCCACGCAACUUUGAACUUUAUACUGAAUUUUUAACCUCAGUUUGAACAUGUUCUGGAGUAGUGCGUGAAACUUAAGACUCAUAAACGUGUGUUUUGAAGAAAUAAUAGGCUUAAUUUGAGACAGACAAUGUAAACUUGAAAAAGAAAAACCUGAUGCUGUGUGUUCACACUAUAACAUGAAUUGUUUUUCGCUUUGUUUUCAUGCCGUCACAGUUAGUCCCGUUGGAUUAACGGGGUUGCAAGACUGGGCCAUCCCUCUAAUCUAAGGUCAGUGCUUAUCCCACGGGCUGCAUUUGUAAAAGAAAAGCCGUUAUAAGGCAUUUACCUUUUUCUUACAAAGAUGGAAGGUAAAUAAGUUAGUCGUGAAAGUGGCAUCCUAACGUAUUAAUGACUUGUAACUGUUGUUUAGCAUAAACUGAAGUAAAAAGGUUGGAAUGAAAAAUUGAACCCGUCUGCUUCCCUCUCAGUAUGCUUGCUGCGAUUGGUUACUAAUAUCACAUGAACAAAAGGUUUUAAAUCAAGUUUUUAAAAGCAAGCACCCUUAUUUAUCUUGCAGCCAAUUGCAAUUUGCGGCAUGAAGUGGGAUGAGGCACAUUUGAUUAUCUUCUCUAGCUAUAACUUCGCAUACACAGUUUUUAAAUCUCUUAACGGCAGGGAUCUAUUUACCGGUCAUGGCAGAAAAGGUACCCCUUUCGUAUACCUUCUAUUGACAAAUGGUACCCCUUUCACGUACGUAGUUUAGAAAUUCGCAUCCCUUUUAACUGCUGUAAAGACAGUGUAACCAGAACCCCCAGUUUUCUCGACUUUUUCACAGCCAUAAAAUGUAUCUGUCGGCUCUUUUGGGCCUUCUUACGACCGAAAUGAUAGAUUUCCCUACCUUUUCAUAUACUUCAACUAACUUAGCGAAAUCCCUACCCUUUCUUUUACCUAAAGGCUGGAAAAGGUGCCCCUUUCGGGCGGAGCCUCCCCGUAUAGGUGAUUAUAAGGAGUACCCCACCCCCCCUCCCCCUGCCGUUUAGAAAGAGCAAAGAGAACGCUGUAGGAAGGUGACAAUUUAAACUUGUAGAACUCGCUCCUAAGAAGAAAGAGUGUGUCUGCGCUUCCCGGACAAAUAAACCAAUACGUUGGCUUUCGUGGAUUGUGGCUGAGAUGUUCAACUUAAUAAUGCUUUUUUUAAUUUUAUGGUGCCCAUUUCUUUGUCAGCCGUUUUCCUCUCAUCACGCAAAAACGGCUGCCUGUUAGUGUUGUAAGUUAGGAUGCACAGACUUCAGAAGUAGCCUGCGUGCAAUCGUCCCCUAUUUCAUUAUUGAGAUGUCUACACGCAGGCUAGUUAGAGGCGGACAUCACAGAUAACAUCACAACACUGCUGUGCAUGGUUUGAUUGGUUGAAAAUCUAUCGCCGAAUACACACCGAUCAUGGUUAAUUUUUUAGCAAAAAGGACCUUUUUGCCUUGCGCCAAAGGUGAUUUCAUAUUGCCCCUCUUGUUUUGUAUUAAAAGAAAACCAACAAAACAUCUAAUCUCUAACUUGCGACUAUAUGGACCAUCAUUUGUUUCUCUCGCGAGUUCAGGAAAUCAGAGGUCAUAGGAAAUUGAUGUUAUGAACUCUAUCAUGAACUAAGAGAGCAAACAGACGAAUACAUAUAGCCAGCCGUCUGAUCACACUGUGGAGUCCGUUCCUCAUCGUUGGAGCUUUGGUCUUCUGUCGGAGAAACAGUGCCCUCUAGACAGUGAAGCAAAGUGGGCUGAAAAACGUACAAAAUCAACUCGGUGAUCAGCGGCUACACACACUCAAAGUUUUGGGAAAGGAUAUACUUGCGAUCAGAGUACCUUAUUAGCGAUUCUCAGUUGUUCGCCUUCAGGCUAAUUUAACACGAACAGAAAGCCCUUGUGUGUAGCCCUUGUGUGCGCAAAUUAGUUUAUUGAAUCUCCUUCCCAUAUUGCAGUGCUAAAUACGCAGGUGAGGAGAAAAUAAGACAACAUUUUCGCCGAUUUUCGCCUUGAAUGAUGUAGACGCAGAAACACGGCAUCUGGGAUACGUGUCCCUUUAGUGAGGUAAUUUAAAGAACAUGACGUUUUUCGUUCGUAUUUUAAAUGCGGACUGAUUUUGUUAUAAUUUGACCACAAUUAUCAGCAGUGUAAUAAACAGUAGAGCCUGUGUUUAAUAUAUUUAACUUCACCGAUAAUUACUCACGAUUGUGGAACUGAGAGAUAAUUAAACCCAUGACAAUCAUUAAGGGAUUGUGUCAAUUCAAUUUCUUCAGUCCAGAUAUCUGAGUGACUAAGGUUAUUUUGCUGUAAUAAGUAUUCUUAAUUACUUCAGUGUUUGUUCGUGACUGUUCGUUGGUCAUUUGAGUUAAUUGGGAACAUUCCUUGCCGCUAGCUUUGAUCCGUAAUUAACACUAGCAUUUUUUGGAGAAAAAUUUAGCACCGACUUUAAUUCUGAUUGCUCUGGUGUUGUAAAACCUAUUGGACGAUACAACUUUCUUUAAAUUGUGUACCUGUAUUAUCAGAUUUUCCUUGACAAGCAAUUCAGUCUUCGAGCCUUUUCCAUUCUGAUAAGUAUCUUGCAAUUCAGUCAGCCAGCGAUUAACGCUUAACGUAAAAAGAUUAUUGCUAUUAAAUGUCGAAGGUCUUCUUCAAUUUUUAGCUCAUUCAUGGUUUCUUUGGGAGUAUAUGAAAUCUAAAAUUUAGCGUCUGUUUUUUCCUCAUGUUAGCCGAUUAUUUUAAUGGGUUUAUAUUAUCAUGAAAGCAUUCUAACCUUCUUGCCAGUCUAUUUGAAAAAUAAUAGCAAACAUGCCUCCUGCUGGGCUGUGGGUGAAUCUGCAAAAUAAAAGCAACUUAAACCCAUUGUAGACUAAAAGUUCUAAAAUAGGCGAAAUAGAAAUAGCUAUUCCCUACUGUGAUUAUAUUAAGAUAGGGGUCUUUAGGACAAGUGUUCUGUACCCAACUGCAAACCGCAAGUGUAGAUAACGGAAGUGCUUAAUAGUCUCACUGUUAAAUAGGCUAUUUUUAUAAAAGUUCUAGAAGUUUGCCGAACGUUCUUUAAAGUAAAAAUGAAUAGGAUUGAUGUCAACAGAGAACGAACUAAGCCGUCGCCAAAGUGUCCGUUCAAAGUAAAGAACCGGCAUUUCUUUAACGUAAUCUGAAGUUUACUUGUAUGGAAAACGAUAAAAUGUUCGCAGGAGUCAAUUCAAGGACUCUUACGGAAAGCUUAGUACAAAGUUAUCAAUCAUACUGAUUAGCAUGCCUUUUUUUGGUUAUGCGGUGAUUAAAAAAAAAUAUAUUUAUAAAAGUUCUAGAAGUUUGCCGAAUGUUCUUUAAAGUAAAAAUAAAUAGGAUUCCCUGGAAAGACUUCACUGCAGGGCUGCGAGACUUAUCUUUCAUUUGCCGAAAGACAUGGCAUCUGCUGAUGUCCUACAACUGGCCCAAUGGCCGACUCUGUCUAUUCAUUAUAAAUUAGCCAUUUUUAUCUGUCUUCAUAAAGCUUUCCACGAUAGGUUACCUGUCACAUUAAUCGACCUGAUUUCUAAGAAACGGGCCACAAACUAUUCAACCCGGACUUGCGCUUCUUUAAUUGUUCCACGCUUCAACACGCGUUACAUGAAAGACUCUGUCGCGUUUAGAGGCUCAGUCCUGUGGAAUGCAGUGACCAACAACUGUAGUGCCCUGACAAAAAACAUUCCUUAUCGUGAUCUCAGGCUAAAGCUUAAAUCUCAAGCUAAUUUUAAUGAAUUCAGCUUUAAGAUAACGUCUGCAUCCACUUGUAAUUUUAGAAAAGAUGACUUUGUAUAUACUUAAAUUUAUGCUCAUAAUUUCAUAUUUGUAAGCGUUCAUUUAGUUCAAACAUUUUGUCUGUAUAUACCCCUAGUUUUUAGCUUUUUAGUUUACUUGUAAUUAGUUAAUUGCAAACGACCCCACAAGCUCAUGUAGCUUUAAUUUUCAUCGUUUUAAAAUAAAGGCUAUCUUAUUCAUGUCAAUCGGAGAGCGAACUAAGCCGUCGCCAAAGUGUCCGUUCAAAGCAAAGAACCGGAAUUUCUUUAACUGCUUUAACGUAAUCUGAAGUUUAAUUGUAUGGAAAACGAUAAAAUGUUCGCAGGAGUAUUCAAGGACCCUUAGGGAAAGCAUAGUACAAAGUUAUCAAUCAUACUGAUAGCAUGCCCUUUGUUGGUUAUGCAGUGAUUUUAAAUAGAUUUCAAGUAGCUCAUUGGAACGUGCUUCAAAAGUGAAACCGUUGGAGUAGUUUCAUAAAUAAAAAGGCUUUGAGCAGCAAAAAUGUUUAAAAUGUAAUCUUAUAGCCACGCUCAUAAGCUUCAAAAUAUGUAUACAAACUCUAUUUGAAAACCAAACUGAUAAAACUAUCAGGAAUCACGGCAGAGGCGGAUCGGGGAUUUGGGCGUUGUAAGUAUGAGAGUUGAAGGCAAACUUCCCAGGGCCAAAGGAAUGGGGGAGGGGAGCGUUAGGGUUAGGGUUAUGUUUGAAUGUGUAGAUUUUCUUCAUUUUGAUUUCAGAGGCAUAAAUUUGAGACACUAUUAUUAAGGACUGAGUGCAGUGCAACAACGAGAGUUGUUUGUCUCUUUUACCCGCCUACAUGUAUUUAAUCAAACAGACUAGCUUGAGAGAGCCUUUUUGGAUGAGCCUUUACAAAGGUUUGGCAUAUCUCGUCUUCCUCGAAUCUCUCGGAGUAGUACAUGGCGAUCGCUGCGAGAUCAGAGAAUCGCUCUUCAGGCAUUGUUGACCUAGAGCAAGUCUUGAUUUAUUUCAUCAGUGAAAACGAUCGCUCAGCUUCUGCGCUUCUGAUCGGUAGGGUGCAGGCAACGACCAGAAGGCGAUAGAUGUUUAGGAAAGCAUCUUCAUCGCAGACACCAAGUGCUAAUAAAAGGCUGUUCGGAAGCUCCCUGUCUGUUGACUGCCAGAGUGUUUUCCAUCUACGUACCUCAUUGCCAAGGGAUUUAAGAAAUGGAAUAUCUUUCUCCUAGAAGAGCAUGCCUUCUACUUCAUCAUCUAGCUGCAGCUAGUGAAUUAUUUACUAUAAUCGAUGGCACUAGACAACGCAAAUUGAGGGCGUGGUAAUCUUCGUCAAAAAUCGAUCCUGCAUUUGAAUAAUUAAGGAGUCAAGAAAAGGGAUAACUAAAGUCUUCUUAUAAUGAUCGACUGGACUGGAACUUAUAUUAUAAUUUAUAUUAUUUUUGGUGUGAAAGAGGGAUAGACAUGGGUAGCCAGACAAGUUUGAAAACUUCCCAAAGGGGAGGUGGGGCUGUAACCCCCUCAACCCUCCCCCUGGAUCCGCCUCUGAUCACGUGUUCUUAGUCAAAACUUAACUGCAGCGAUAACUUUACGUAACAACAACUGACACAUAACAACGGCGAUUUUGGCGCGAUUUCUGAAACGGAGCAAAGUUGCGCCGCGCUGACUUCGAAAGUAGAGCGUCAUAUAUCGGCUAAAAAACGAAAAGAAGGAAGGCCGAUUUUAUAUGUCGGAUAGGCUCCGGCUCCGGCUCCGGCUCCGGCUCCGGCUCCGGCUCUACGCAUGGCUGAACGGCCCACCAAAUCGCGUGGGCGUAUUACUAACUGCUAAGCCAAACUGCCCCGAGCUUGGCUUAGGCCCCGUUUUUUGGAGAAAACUUAUCCUUAGCAGAAGGAUCACUCGCCUACCCGAGCUACCCCUCACAUACCGUUAACAUGAGAUACAAAAAGUUGGCUCGGCUAGAAGGGUGACCUACCCAGCUGGGUCGCCUUUUUUCAAAGGUAGGGUCACCCUUCCUUACCGGGCCAAUUUUUCUCCAUAUUAAAACUUUGGGUGGCCCAACCAGGGGCCCAUUUCUCGAAAGACCCGGAAAAAUUUGGUCCCGAAUGCAAACCUGCUGAAUAUUAGCAGAAUACAAUCAACUCUCUCUAAGAUGGACACCUUUGGGACCGGCGCUAAGUGUCCGUCUUAUGGAAAGUCCAAUAAAAGGAGUGAAGAAAGGCGGGACCAACUCUAGGUGUCCGUUUUACAGAGGUGUCCGUCUUAUAGGGGUGUCCGUUCAGAGAGAGUCAACUGUAUAGCUAGAAUACUAGCCCAUGACCAGUCCAAAUUUCUUCGUUAACUGAUAGUUUCAUUAUAUUAUUUUCAAAAUUAUUGAAACUUUGAAAUUGAAUGCAAAAGCAACAAACACAAAACAGCUUUCCGGGCCCGAAACGUUAUCGGGACUUUGGAGAAACAGGCCCCAGCACCCAGAAUCCAGAAUCCAUGGAAUGGGAUCCAGAAUCCAAGACUGUCUUGUAUUCCCUUUCAUGAGGCGAAAUGUUGUUGAAUAGAUUACCUGUUAUUAUAUUUCAGGUCAUCUUGUCAUUAUACAGUGGGGAAAGCGAACAAAGAUACCUGAAUUCUUGGAUGCAGCAUUGGUUGAUUCUUCAACAUGACUGCUACUAACGCAAGUUUGAAUAACUCGAGUACUGGGACCGCUGCAGGGUACCCAGAAAACACUUUAUCCCACAAGGUCAUAUCAUCGAUAGCGAUUCUGAUUCUCAUCAUUUUAACACUCUUCGGCAAUGGUCUUGUCGUAACAGCUUUCUACAUGUUCAAACGGAUUCGUAAGAGCGUCACAAACUGGUUUAUUCUAAGCCUAGCAGUUAGUGAUAUAAUGGUGGCAUUCGUUACAGAACCCAUCUGGCUGGCUGGCGAAAUUACAACUUGGUACUACCCGCCAGAAGUGGACGUGCAAACAUUCUCUUUGGCUUGGUCAAUGAUAGACAUCUUGUGUGCGAUUUCUUCUAUCUCCAAUUUGAUGUUCAUUUCCAUCGAUCGCUACUUCGCAAUAAAACGUCCACUGAUUCACCACACAAAAAUGACCACGGGAACAUGCAAGUGGAUCAUCUUGGCUACCUGGAUCCAUGCUCUCGGAACGUCUUGCCUUUACUUGAUCAACCACGAGUCAAAGUACCUGGUCAUUUUCUUAUUUGCCUUCGUUGUUCCACUAUUGGUCAUUCUUUAUUGCUACGGUGUGAUUCUCUCUGUAGUCUUCACAAGAUCUCGCUUCACAAACCGUCAUGGCAGGAAGCUUUCUAAUGAGUUUAAAACAGCCAAGAGCCUGAGUGUUGUGACUGGAGCAUUCAUCUUGUGUUGGCUUCCUUUCUUUUUGACGUCUCUAGCUUAUCAAUACUGCAAAUCGUGUGCAACCGACAUUGACAGCAUACCGGCUAUAAGAUCAGCUGUGAAAUGGCUGCACUAUCUAAACAGCUGCUUAAAUCCAAUAAUCUAUGCUUUUCUGAACCCUACUUUUAAGCUGGCUUUUAAGGGUGUCAUAAGAAGAAUGUGCGGGAAAGAUUUUCAACACCUUUCCGAGAUGGAGACGUCCAUCAUGUCGUUUCGCAGUCGACAAAACACGUUCAACGACAAAAGGGGUAGUGGAAAGAAGAACUCAGAUAGUGCCAUGCCGAACGGCAAUCUCAUGUCCCACAAAAAGCCUCUUUUAAAUCACACGGACACCGUGAAAAUGAAUGGAAUUGUUAGUCACGAGUCCAUCAGUGAUGACGGUAGCGUCGAAAGAGGCAUUGAGACGCCAGAAGAUAAACGCUCCAUUACUGAUCGAGCAACUCCUCCCCCGUCCUAUAACGACUGGUACCAGCUAGAACACGCCUCUAACAACAAUGAGUCCUUAAAGACUGAUUACAGCGAUAAAUCAUUGCCAAGAAUGGAUAGAACAAUGCCAGAACCAAGAGGCAAACAGAUUGAACGAACAGUAUCGUUUGACGAAGAAGUCAAAGUUUGCGGUGAAAACGCGUUAGAAAAGGACGAUUCUGUUUUCCAACGUCAUUUCUCCACCUACCACGACGAGGAGAAAAAUAAAACUUAUUUGCUUGUUGAUGGAGUAACGGUUCCUGACAGUGAAAUAAGGACAACGGAUGUAUGA